GGUAGCAGAAUUGAAACGAGGAAGAAGAAAAGAAGAAAAACAGUAGAAGAUUAGAAACAAAAAAGUGACAUAUUAUCGAGGAAUUUAUCAUUUUUAUAUUGGUAAAUGACUGGCCCAUCUGGAGCCGGUCCAGCUGCACCAGCAUCUGCACCACAUGCUGAAGCUGCGCCAGCUCCUUCAUCACCUCUCCAUCACGACCAAUAUCUCUCCCGGCCCGUCUCUUCCUCUUCUCGCCUAUCUCUUACUCUCUCCCAGACGACCUCCGCUUUUUCGGAGCCAGGAUUGUCUAGCCACCAGCAACAAAAUGCCGACCCGUCAAUCCAUCUUUUGACAUGUACUGACGUCCCGACCGAUCUGGCACACCUCGCGCCUCUCCCAGUUGACAACAAUAAUAAUACCAAUACCACCAACACCACCAACAACAACAUCAACAACAAUAAUAAUAAUACCAACAUCAAUACCAACAAUCCUAAUUUAUCUAGUGCCAUCAAAGCUAAACAUCAUCAACCGCGUAAGCCUUCCCCUGGCUUAGCAGCCCGUCUCAAGGCCCUAGGCUUCGGUGGCUCGAGACAUUCAUCGCCCUCGCCUCAACCAUUGGGUCGCGAUAACAUUGGCCGCCUGCCUGAAGAUCAGUUACGACUACUCGAUCAAAUCCAUCAGGCCAACAGUGAACUAGUCAUCGAACGACGCGGUCGUCCUUGGAAGGGUGCUGGUGCUCCCCUCAAAUUAUUGAGAUCCCGGUCUAGUCGCGAAUCGUUUCGAGGUAAGAGCACCAGCGAGGAAGACACAACCAUCGUACCUACUCAGGCCGAACCCUCGCCCAAGCCUGAGCUAUUGCCCGAGAUAACGGAGGCUCCUCCGUUGGAAAUGGACGCCAACAAAUACCGAUUGCCCGACCACACAAACGGAAAUGGCACCAAGGCGCAGCCAGAUACUCGUAAGCAACACCUUGAGCGGGAUAGCCGCGUACCAGAAUUAGAAGUCGAGGAUACAGACACUCCACCCCCAUUACCCCCCAAGGACACACCGCCUGGAAGUGUAAAUCCUAACGACUAUGCCUCCGAUCUGCCCUCCUACUUCAGCUCGCUCGGUCUUCAACGCCCCGGUUCUAUCUAUACGAUAUCCCGCCUGUCAUUUGCCAAUCAGCUCGCUCAGUUGACCGCGCUGCAGCUACCUGAUGCUGAACUGCUGUCGAGCAAAGUUGCUGCCAUCCCUACAGCCCAGGCAGCAACGAAAGCCUUACUAGGCGCUGCAGAACAGAUACGGAGCUGGAUAUCGAAGGCUUCCGAGGUCAUCAGUGGCUUAGACAGUGACGAUGAUGUUGAAUGGGCAGCAGCCGGUGGCAGAGAAGGGUAUGAGGAGGUGGAAAAUGCCAUUACAAGAUUUGAAGGGCUCAUUAACGUCUAUGUGGGCGCCAUUGAAGAACUACAAAACCGACCGGAUAUUGGUAGCGUGUCUAGCGAUGACCUAACUAGGGCAGUGACACAAAUGGAGGCCAUCAUGCAUGAAUGGGCUAAGAUUCGUACCACUCUGAACAACGUCAAGGGCCAGGUUGAAACAGCCAUGGAGUGGGAAGAGCUAUGGAACAUGGUUCUAGGCGAUAUCCAGAAUGAAAUGGACGAACUAAGCCGAUUGAUCUUCGAGAUGGAGGAAAGGCGUCAUAAAUCCAUAAUGGCAGUUUCGAACGGGGACGGAGUGGACAUUGGCGACCUUGAGACUAUUGUAGAAGAGACGCCACCCGCCGUUGCACGCAAUAACCGAUAUAGUGUACCCUCAUUCCCAAUGAGCCCAAGCUCUCCGGAGGAGGCUCCUACUCUUACCCAGGACGAUUCAAGCUUACUCGCAUUGUUUGCAAGGAUGCAACCGCUGAGAGCAUCGUUAGACUUUUUGCCUAUGAGAUUAUCGGUUUUCGAAGCAAGAGCCUCUGGCGCCUUUCCGACCGCCUGCGAGGAGCUGGAGAUGAGGAGAGCUGGCUUAGAAGCCAACUACAAGAAGCUCGAGAAGGAUGCCGAGUCCCUUAGAAAGGAGCUUGGAGAGGAUAAAUGGGUUCUCGUGUUCCGUGGCGCCGGUAGGCAGGCUCAAAAGAUGAUCGAGUCUGUAGACCGAAGCAUGGCAAAGCUACGUGAAGCUGUAGACCAAGGAUUGCACCUAUCGAGUCCUGCAGCGAUGAGUAAAAAGAUCGAGAGCUAUGAGGCCAAGAGGAUACAUUAUGGACCAGCAAUCGAACGUGUGCUUUCCAUCAUCGACAAGGGCGUUAGUGAACGGCUAACUGUGAACGGAGAGAUUCUAAGAUUGCACACCGAAUUGCAAUCGACGUGGGAAGAAGCAAAAGAAUCAAUGAAGAGGACGAGUGUCAUCCUCGAGGAAAUACAGGCUGACAAGCAGAACCAACAGCUCCGAGACUCCAUUUCGAGCAUGCUCUCGAAUGAUAGGUCGACUGUUGCAAGUGGCAACGAGACCCCCGGAACCUCACCCCCUUCGUCAGUUGUGAUGUCUAGUUUAGGCCUGGAUCCUUUUACUCCAUCAACGCGGAACAAGAGGCGCACUACCACUGGUGGAAGCAACUUACCUCAGCCCGCGUCUGCUCGUAGGAGCACUUCAAACCUGAUCCCCCCUACGCGGCGAGCCGCUGGAUCUCGACUUUCUAUGAUUCAACCAGGUGCUUCUAGCUUAACAACGCCUCCUCGAAGUGGAUCUGCUACACCUCAACCCAACACUACUCGCCUCCCCAAAUCCUCUACCAAAACCGACAGCCGACCACGAUGGAGCCAUUUCUCGAAUACCAAGGACUCUGACGUAGGACAUAAUUUCAAACCACUCACUCUUACCACCCCAAGCCCAUACGCUAAAGCAAGCCCUUCUUCCAAACAGUAUUCUAGUACCGAGGCCUCGAGAUUACCUCUUCGCAGUUCCAUGACGGCCCCAUCCUCAUCUUCGCCGAAAUCCGAGGACACGCCUCCGAGGAAAACUAAUUCACGACUCUCCUUCCGAGAGCGGAUUAAUGCUGCUGCUUCAGGACAAUCCAGCCAAUCUUCUGCAAAACCUCGAUUUUCGGCACAGCUAUCCUCCACCUUUGACAACCGGAGAGCCUCCCUACAGGUGCCGAGGCCCGGGAGUGGUGCUUCUGGCCAGGCCAGGCCGCGGCCAGCUAGUUCAUUAGCCACGACCAGCCGACGUACUAGUUUGCUACCUCAACCAAGAUCAAAAAUGGAUGAUGAUUCCGGUCGCGAUAGUCCACAGGUCACCGCAGCGGCUAUUGCUAUGCGUAGAGGUGCCAGUGCGAUGGAUAACAAGUCCAAAGAUUCCAAACCUCGUUGGCACUUUUAAGUAGCAAAUCCUCAUCCUCUUCUAAGCCCAACUUGCAGCUCGCCAUGGGCGUCACAGCGGAGAAGACAUAGCUGUUUCCUCUUAACUUUUCCGUUUUUUGAGACUCGCAAGAUGAGCUUCCUCUCCUUGUUUUUCAGUUCUGCUA